UGAGAGCUGUCGGCUCAGUCUGCACAGAGCUCAGGCAGCUCAGCUUCUGCCUCUAAUCAUGGAACGCAUUCUCUUAUUUUUACGUUGAUCGUGCACUGGGACUACAUCAUURCAAUACUUCACUGGAUCCAAACAAUUUAACACAGUGAAAAAAAAGUGACAUUUAUAUGCUGCAAGAUGGGAUUACAUCAAAGGAAUUACAGGAUAACUGAUGAACCGGUUGGAUUGGGAAACUCGGAGUGAGAAAGCUUUAAACAAGCUCACAGAGCCAAUCCAACAAGAUGACAAAAGUCUGCAGUGAAAUAUCCUUUUUAUCAAGACAGCGGCUGUCCACCAAUGAUGAGCUCGCCGUCAUCGAAAAUGGAGGCAGCAGGGUUCACUCUGUUUGUGAAGAUGGCUCUGAGAGAGCCUUGUCUUCAGAGUCCCAGGAAAGCUGUCACACUGGUGCCAGAGCAAUGGCCAGGCUGUCCUACUUUUUCUUCAUGCUGCGGAACUGGAUAUCUCACAGGAUGAACCCUGUAGAAGAAAGGCAGGACUCGUUUCUUGAGCGCUUCAGAGGGCCAAGACUCAAAGCAGCAUCCAGUGAAGAGAGCAGCACCCAAUCUGUGGGCCAUAAUGACAAACAUCGAAAAAGAAAUCUCAUCAGUAAGUGGCCUCUUGCUACUUACAAUCUAAAUAACUGCAACAACACAGAUGACAAAAAAGAGGACAAAAAAGAGGAGAUUAAGAAAGAAGAGAAGAAAGAGGAGGAGAAAAAGGACGAUAAGGACGGAGACAAGAAAGAGGAGAAUAAAGAUGAGAAGAAGGAUGAGAAAAAAGAUGAGAAGAAGGAUGAGAAAAAAGAUGAGAAGAAGGAUGAGAAGAAAGACGACAAAAAAGAUAAAAAAGAUGAGAAAAAGAAAGAGGAGCCACCAAAGGAGAUCUGGAUCAUGGAUCCAGCCUCGGAGCAGUACUACAGGUGGCUGAGCGUCAUUGCAGGCCCGGUAUUUUAUAAUCUGAUGAUGAUCAUAACCAGGGCUUGCUUCAAUGACCUACAAGAAUCCUAUCCAAAGCUCUGGAUAGUACUGGACUACACAGCAGAUUUUAUUUACUUGAUGGACACCUUUGUUCGAUCAAGAACAGGUUACCUUGAGCAAGGCCUGCUGGUUAAAGAUGCCAAAAAACUAAGAGCGAACUACAGAACAACGUCUCAGUUCAAAUAUGACAUGAUUUCAAUGAUACCCACUGACCUCCUCUUCCUGCAAUAUGGAUUUAACAACCCAGAGUUCCGCCUCAACCGUCUUUGCAAAAUCCAGAGACUUUUUGAAUUCUUUGAGCGGACAGAGACCAGAACCAGCUUCCCGAACAUGUUUCGUAUCAGCAACCUCGUGCUUUACAUCCUUGUCAUUAUCCACUGGAAUGCCUGUAUGUUCUUUGCUAUUUCUAAAACCAUUGGUUUUGGAGCAGACACUUGGGUGUAUCCCAACAUCAGCAACCCAGAGUAUAAUCGAUUGGCACGCAAAUACAUCUACUCCCUGUACUGGUCUACGCUUACCCUCACCACCAUCGGAGAGACCCCUGCACCAGUCAAAGAUGUUGAAUUUGUCUUUGUCAUUGCAGACUUUCUCACCGGAGUGCUGAUUUUCGCUAGUAUUGUCGGUAACGUUGGUGCCAUGAUCUCGAACAUGAACGCCUCUCGUGCUGAGUUCCAGGCAAAGAUUGACUCCAUAAAGCAAUACAUGCAGUUUCGAAAGGUCACCAAAGAUCUGGAAGCCAGGGUCAUCAAGUGGUUUGACUAYCUGUGGACUGAAAAAAAGACCUGUGAUGAGAAGGAAGUUUUGAAAAACCUCCCUGACAAGCUCAAGGCUGAGAUUGCCAUCAACGUCCACUUGGAUACGCUGAAAAAAGUACGAAUUUUCCAGGACUGUGAGGCGGGUCUGUUGAUUGAACUGGUGCUCAAGCUGCAACCUCAGGUGUUUAGUCCUGGAGAUUACAUCUGUAAGAAAGGAGACAUUGGCAGAGAGAUGUACAUCAUCAAAGAGGGGAAGCUGGCAGUGGUGGCAGACGAUGGAGUWACUCAGUUUGUAGUGCUCAGUGACGGAGCAUACUUUGGGGAAAUCAGUAUCCUGGGUAUCAAGGGUAGUAAAGCAGGCAACAGACGAACAGCAAACAUCAGGAGCGUGGGUUAYUCUGACCUCUUUGCCCUUUCUAAAGAUGAUCUGAUGGAAGCGCUCACUGAGUAUCCAGAGGCCAAGAAAGCUCUGGAAGAGAAAGGCAAAGCUAUCCUGAUGAAAGACAAUCUGAUWGACGAGGCAGUGGCGAACGCAGGCGCUGACCCCAAAGACCUGGAAGAGAAGAUUGUCAAAUUGCAGAGCAACCUGGACAUGAUGCAGACCAAGUUUGCCCAGCUAAUGGCAGAGUUCACCUCCACACAGGCGAGGCUGAAGCAGAGGGUCACCAGUAUGGAGGCCAAGGUGAARUCCAUGAAACCGGAGGACCUCUCUGAGGUGGUGGCCGACAAGGACAAAAAAGUCCAGUAACAGAACAUUUCCCAGAGAACUUUUAAAGUGGCUUUAUGUCAUAUAAAUGCCCACAUUUCUAUUUAUACCUAAUGUUUAAUGUUAUCAUAAUGUGUCAAACUGUGUUUGCAGAGAAUGUUUAUGUUCAUGUUGACUGACAGACCGUUUCAUUUCCUUGUGAAACAACUUGACUGUGUUGAGCAGAACCACUUGUUUAUGCCAAAAAUGGUCUUUUUGUAGUUCUAGUAUGAUAAUGUUUGUUCCUGAUAAGUAUUGAUCCCACUGAAUAUACUGAUCUGUAUAAAGUACAUUUCUUACUCUGCAAUUUAUAUUAUGUAUUGUAUGAGAGUGUACACAAUAAAAAAACAGUUUACAUAUAUGUUGUGGAAUACUGAUUAUGUAUCACCUUGACACUGUCCAAUUGUUCAUAUCUUGUGAUAUCCCUGGACGUCAUCAUCAAGCUGACCUACUUCAUGUCAGAAGCUGACUGGUUGCUCAUUAUCACAUAAUGAUAGCUGACAGUAUAACAUUGCUUGCCCGGC